GGACUUCCUGCGCACGCGCGCGCCGGGGGGCGUGGGCUCGAGGACGGGGAGCAGCGCCAAGUUGGUGAAGGGAUACCCCGGAAAGGCCUAGGGUUUGUAGAAGAUACUCGACUGGACGGAAUCUGUCUCACUGAUAAAACCAGAUGCCUUCCUCCACUUCACCAGACAAAGAGGAUGGCCUGGAGACCUGUGUUUUAAAGGUUUUUGAUCUGGAUUUAAAAGAAUCAAAUCUUAUCAAUCCCAGCAGCAGUCUCAAAGCAGAGUUAGAUGGCAGCACAAAGAAGAAAUACUCGUUUGCAAAGAAAAAGGCCUUUGCCCUUUUUGUCAAAACCAAACAAGUUCCAGCACCUUCUGAAUUUAAGGGAAAACGGUGGCGAUGUUGUCAGCAUCUGUUUGCAGACCUGACCAGCAUCCACAGACAUGUGGCCACACAGCAUGCGGAAGACGUGUACCAGCAGACUGCUUCUAUUCUAAAGCAGCUGACUGCAGCAUUGAGUGCCUCACAGAGUCUUACAGCCACAGACAAGAGGAGCUUCCCUAAAGACUGUCUGGCUCCUAGUCAGGAGGUGUCUUCCUGGCUCCCUGAUGUGAGCCAUGCUAGCCUUCAAGAGCUGAAGAGUGACCAGGGUGACGAGGAAGGAGAGGUGCUCCUGUAUUACUGCUACUGUGACCUGGAGGACCCCCACUGGGUCUGUGCCUGGCAGACAGCUCUGUGCCGUCACCUGCACCUGACAGGCAAGAUUCGGAUCGCUACUGAAGGAAUCAAUGGAACAGUUGGAGGAAGCAGAGUGGCCACCAGACUCUACGUGGACGUCAUGCUUUCCUGCCCAUUGUUUAAGGAGUACCUGAGUGAGGAUGAUUUUAAGAGCAGCAGAGGAGGGUCUCACUGCUUCUCGGAGUUGCGUGUCGGCGUAUUUGAAGAAAUCGUGCCCAUGGGCAUCAGCCCCAGUCAGGUCUCCUACAAGAACCCUGGAAUCCAUUUAUCCCCUGCUGAAUUUCAUAAAGAAAUAGAAAAGCUUUUAUCACAGUCAAAUCAGGAACAAGGUGAUACUAUCCUACUGGACUGCAGGAACUUCUAUGAAAGCAAAAUAGGACGAUUCCAAGGCUGCUUAGCACCAGACAUCAGGAAAUUCAGUUACUUCCCUAGCUACGUUGACAAAAACCUUGACAUUUUCAGGCAGAAGAGGGUGCUGAUGUACUGCACUGGAGGCAUUCGCUGUGAACGGGGCUCUGCAUACCUCAGAGCCAAGGGAGUGUGUAAGGAAGUGUUUCAGCUCAAGGGUGGCAUCCACAAGUACCUGGAGGAGUUUCCUGAUGGCUUUUACAAAGGGAAGCUGUUUGUUUUUGAUGAGCGGUUUGCCCUGGCCUACAACAGUUCUGUGGUAUCAGAAUGUUCAUACUGUGGAGCCCCGUGGGACCAAUAUAAACUCUGUUCUACUCCCCAAUGCCGCCAGCUCGUGUUGACCUGUUCUGCCUGUCAAGGACAAGGGUUCACAGCCUGUUGUGUCGUGUGUCAGGACAAAGCGGGCAAGCCGACUUCAGGCCCCGCCCAGGACAGCUUUAAAGAAGAAUGUGAGUGUACCGCCCGGAGGCCUCGCAUCCCGCAGGAACAGCACGCCUGACGCCCUCCACGAGAGCCUGGGCGCCUGCGGCUGGCGAGGCCGAGCAGCCUCUGCAUCCACGAGCAGACUUGAGUAGCCAGUGCAGAUUGGGAGGGUUGUAGGAACGAAUGGGCGUGUCCUUGGGCACUGCUAGCACAGCAGAUGGCCACAGGCGGAAGGGACAGGGAGUCCGUGUCGGCUGCCUGGUUUACCUGCUUGGUUCAGAGGAUGCUGGAGCCGGGCACAGAGGUAAGCCACGUGGCUAAGAUGAGGGGUUAACCGUGUCCAGCCCGGUGUCCUCUCUGCCAUGCCCGGGGUGGUAGGAUUGCUCUUGUCAACAAACCGUUUUACCCUGGCAGCCAAGGUAUAACAGCUGGGCCCUGGGUGUGGACUCCUAACAGGCCAGCUACCAUCUUCCCCUGCCUCCGCCCUUCCCUCUGCCUGAGGCUCUGUGACUCUAAUCACCUUGUGCCUUGAAACAUUUACUGAAUCUGCCAACCCAUUCCUUUAUAUGUGAUCAUGGCACUGCUGAGUAGUUGGCUAGAGACCAUGCUUCGGAAUCUAAAGUAAUUACACCUGUCCCUUCACAGAGGUCCUCUGAAAGAGGUGCCAUGCUUUUAUUGAUGUGGUUUCUUCAAAGGUGUUCCUCUAGCAGCUCUGCAUUACCCAGCCCCCCUCUCUCAGCGUGUAAGUGCUCUCGGGGAUCCAGAUGAGCGGCUUUAGGCCAGCGUCUGGCACACAAGACACUUCGCUUGUGGCACUCAUUCAGCAGGGUAGCUGCCUGGCCUCCUGGUCUUUGGGCACGUGUUCUUAUCCCACGAUUCUUAAGAAGCACACGGAACCACACAUAGACCAAAUGGCUUUAAUAUUAUUUUGCAGUUUCCAGUGGUGCAGAAUGCAGCUGCAAUUGUGUUUCAAGGAGAAGCUGAGUGGGGCUGGCCGUCCCUGCAGCUUGGUGCCACUCCUGAGCCCGUGUGCAGCCUCAGUGGACACUCAUAGUGCUGAGGCCCCAAUGCCACCUCUAGUUACCCUGUACUGUUCACAGCGUUACAGUUCGGUGUGCAGGCUUUCUCUUAAGUCAGAAUCCCCCUGUCUAUGCUCAACAGCUUUUGAGCUUUGUCAUUACUAUAAUAUUGGCUGAAUCCCUAAGGAAAAUAACUCCCCAAAGCAACAAAAAUACUAGUUUAACUGGCACUGUGGUCUAUUAAAAGGCACAAGAACAGUGUAUUUGAACAUUUUUACUGGCUCCCCUGGUGUUAAAAAAGGGAUCCAGUAGGAAUGCCAAGAUUAGGUUCAGAGUAAUCCCUGUGUCGUUUGGCCAGGAUCUCCUAAUUCCUUACCGGUAGGAUGUUGUACUCUGCUGUCCUCAAAGGUUUCGUUUGUAGGCAAGAGCUCUGUAUGGUUUGAUUUGUCUCAUAAAUGACCAAGCAGGCACUUGGUGUCUGUAAGCAGGGCCAUGCUAAUACCACAGGCAUGGUGGACUAGAAAUCCACCCAAUGGUGUUGAUCUCACAUAAGGCAUUGGCCCACUGCAGUAUAGGAAGAUGUUUUUAUGUGGCUGUAAGUUUUCAUCCAUCAUGAAGUUGGCAUUUGAUAAAGAACUGAUUUCUGACUGCAGAUGAGUACCCCACAGGUUCACAUAGCACUCAGAAGAAUGUUGCCUGGCGUGGUGGGUUUUGAAACUCAAAAUUCCACCAUAGCCUUUUUCUCCCUCUUUCUCUCACCUGGCAGAAGGAAUCCUGUGUCUUUCUGACUCUUAGGAAAUUCUGGGGCUUGCCUUUCAUUCUUAGGGGGCGGGGGUCUGAUCCUGGAAUCAGUUUGGCAGCUUUAAUAUUGGUGUUAAAGUUUCAAGUGGGGGUUGAAAAAUCAUGAUUCUGUGUUCUUUUUACUGAGUUGCUAUGAUCAAAUCGGAAAUAAAUUGUUUCACCGUGCUUCCAAA